CGAAUACGAUCGACCCAUCACCCCGAUGGCUUAGGCUUGCAAAGGAUCGCACCUUUUCCCUUUUGCAAAACCGCCUCACGUAAGAAGUUCCAUAUUACUCACUGCAGCGUCACUGUCACGCAGCAAUGUGGUGUCACUGUCACAAAAUCUUCUUUACCCUGAUGUCUUUCUUACCUCACAUUGCCACAGCGAUAGUUCCAACUGCCAGAGAGUAUUGAAUCCAUAUUGUGAAUGCCAGGAUUCAUACAUUGUUAUUUUUGUUUCACGACAUAAACAUAAUUGAGCCCAAUCGGGCUUGGAACUACGUCGAGCCUUGUUCUACUUUUCGUUCUUGCGUGUACAACUAGUGAAUAUUUGUCGUGAAGAAAAAUGGCAGACUCAAGCAAGAAGGACCAGGAUCUGACCAAGCGAGUUCUUCUCGCCGGCGACGCGAACGCAAACUUCACGACAUUGUUCGACACGGUGGGGAAGCAGCAGGCCCGCGUGGGCGACUUCGACCUUUUGCUUGCCUGUGGCUCCUUUCUCGGCGAGGAUAUCACCGAGGAGAACCAGCAGUACCUCCUCGGGUUGAAGCAGCCCAACAUCCCUACCUACUUCGUGGACUCGGACAGCGAGCGGUUCAUCGAGGGCUUCGCCGCCGGCAAGGAGUUCGGUGCGGCAGCCUCCUCCACCGGGACUUCCGCCUCCUCCAGCUCCUCUUCGACGUCCUCUUCCCUGCCGCAAGCGACCAAGCGACUCGUGUUUCUCGGCUCCCACGGGGUGAAGACGAUCCAGGGCGGCCUGCGGGUCGCGUACCUCAGUGGUCGCUACAACGCGGUGUACUACGAGGACGAGAGCGUUCCCUUCCACGGCGCCUGCUACACGCGCCUGGCCGUCGAGCAGCUGAAGCGGCAGAGCAAAAUCGCGGACGAGUUCGGGCAAACCGGGGUGGAUGUGCUUUUGUGUUCCGAGUGGCCGAAGGGGUGGCAGAACAAGGUGUACGACCAAGUGCCGAACCUACAGGACGUCGAGCCCGUCGGGGAAGGCGACAUCGAGUCGUCCGCGAUCUCGGACCUGGUCGCCGCCCUGGCACCGCGCUAUGUCGUUUGCGCGAAGGGAAACACGUUCUACCAGCGCCCCCCCUUCCAAACAUUGAAGGCGCAGCACGUAUCGAGACUGAUCGCGCUGGGCAAAGUGGGGGCCAAGGGCAAGGACAAAAAGUGGCUGCACGCCCUGCAGUUGCGGCCCCUGCGGGCGAUGACCGCGGACGAGUUGCGAACAAAGCCAGACAACACGACGCCGUUCCCGUUCCAGAACCUCGCGGGCGAUAGUUUGCAAGGACUGCAGCGACUGCAGCACAACGUGAGCAGCGGCGACGGGGGGCAAAAACGAGGGCGAGACGAGGACGACCAGCCCGAGGGGGUGGAGUUGUUCCUCAGCAAUUUGACCGCCGGUUUGUCAGAAAACGUAUCUUAGCUUCAUGUUCCUUGAUUUUCAUUUUCGUUUUCCAUCAUUGCUGCUAGCUAGUAGCAGGCCAGCGGCAAUCACGUCGUCAAAUAAAGGAUGUUUAGUAAAAUUGAUCUUCUACUCAUUCGAGCUACUCUUUUGCAUCUUAUCGGCUCAGAGCCUUGCAAAUUUCCUCCUUCGAAAAUAAGGAAAAUACUUAAAUACCCUAACAACAGAACCUUCGCUCCGCCUUGGAACGCGCACUUGGCGGCGGCAGUUUGCUGCGGCUCAAGGUGAUGGUGAACGAGAGGACCGGCGAGUGUAAGGGCUUUGGGUUCGCCACGGUCGUGUCGAAGGAGCUGGCGGAAAAAGCCCUGGAGCUGGAGCUGGAGGCCGGGGGCCGCACGGUGAAGAUCAGCUACAAGCGGCAGCGCGAGCACGACGAUCUGCAGAAGAAGGAGCAGGUCCUCCUCGCAAAGAAAAAGGUGGGGAAGAAAAUCGUCGUGGAGCCGCACGCGGACUGCUGGUUUUGCCUGGCCAACCCGAAGUUCCAGCGCCACAUGCUGGUGGCCGUGAACCCGCACCUGUACGUGGCCACCGCGAAGGGGGGGAUCAACGAGGGCAACAUGAUUCUCUGCCCCGUGAAGCACAUGCCCAACUACCUCAGCAUUUUCAACUUCACCGAGUACGAGCAGCUGCGGGACUCCAUCGAGACCUACAUCAUAUCCUGUGCAAAAGCAUCGUACUCGUAUAAAUGCAAGUCUCGCAUUACAAAUCUUGUUCCCAAGGCAAAUCUGCAUUACAAAUUUUAUUUCUCAUGCUGAGAGAAUUUGUAAUGCAUUUAUACGAGUGCGAUACUUUUGCUUUUGCAAUGCAUACAUCAGCGCCAUCCGCAAGAUGUUUCUGGACCCGCGGACCAACCGCGACCCCUGCGAUAUGGUCGUCUGGGAGCGGUGGAUCCCGACCAAGAUGGCGCACAUGCAAGUGCAGUUGCUGCCCAUCCCGCGGUCGCGGUACGUCAACUGGUCCCGCACGCUGGACCUUUUCGCGGAACAGAACGGGCUCGAGUUCGAGCGGUUGGGCAGCGUCAUCAUCGACCCUGAAACGGGGCGGCAGCCGGAAGGUGCUGACCAGGAUGGCACUAGUACUCACGUGGUCGACCCCUACGGCGACGCGAAGCCGCCCAGCACCGCGCUGCCAAAGUUGUUGAGCCAGAACGCCAACCGCUUCUUCGCGAACGAACCGGAGAGGAACUUGCAGAGCCUCCUACAGAUGACCUACCUCUAUCUGGAGCUGCCGGGGGACAACACGGCAAAGGGGAAAAAGAUCGAUCGCUACGUGUGUUACGGCCCGGGGCGCAUACCCAUGAACUUCGCGCGCGACGUCAUCUGCACGGGCCUGGACUGCAUGGACCGGUCGGACUGGCGCGACUGUCAGCUCGACGGCCCGAGAGAAAAAGAAAUCGCACAGGCACUAAAGAGCAAACUCGACAAAUACCUCCCCGCAGGCGCAGCGAAAUGAAAAUGAUAAUGAUGUUAGACGAAAUAAAUGAUGAAGGCGACUAAAUUUUAUUUCAGCCCUUUUUUACGUGGUCGUGACAAAGGGAACACAUAACCGCGAGCCGAGUUUCAGCUGCUCUGGGAUGAAUCUAGUUGCGGUGUAACUCAGCAGUAGUACCUGUUCAGGAC